GCGGUUUUUUUGUAGCUUCAAACUUUUUGUCCCAACAUUCAUCUUCACCUCUUCACCAUCUCUGUUGUACCCAACGACCAUUUCCCUCAAUUCUUUGACCUGUUUCUAGCCUGCGUUUUCUGAUACCAUUUCUUUUACUACUGUGCCGGUAUAGUCGAGAUCAUUCACCAUGGCCUCUGCUAUGCGCCUCAGCUCUGCCUUCAGGGCCACUGCCCGCGCUCCUGCGUUCACUGCCCGCAGGACUGCUUUCAACGGCAUGCGAUGCUACUCCGCCAAGACUCAGACCCUGAAGGAGCGCUUCGCCGAGCUUCUGCCAGAGAAGAUCGAGGAGAUCAAGUCUCUGCGCAAGGAGCACGGUUCCAAGGUCAUUGACAAGGUCACUCUUGACCAGGUCUACGGUGGUGCCCGUGGCAUCAAGUGCCUCGUCUGGGAGGGAUCCGUCCUCGACUCUGAGGAGGGUAUCCGUUUCCGUGGCAAGACUAUCCCAGAAUGCCAGGAGCUCCUCCCCAAGGCUCCCGGUGGCAAGGAGCCUCUUCCUGAGGGUCUUUUCUGGCUCCUCCUGACCGGUGAGGUUCCCUCGGAGGCCCAGGUUCGCGCCCUGUCCGCCGAGUGGGCUGCCCGUUCCGACCUUCCCAAGUUCGUCGAGGAGCUCAUCGACCGCUGCCCCAACGACCUGCACCCCAUGGCUCAGUUCUCGAUGGCCAUCACUGCCCUCGAGCAGACCUCUUCCUUUGCCAAGGCCUAUGCCAAGGGUAUUAACAAGAAGGAGUACUGGGGAUACACCUUUGAGGACUCUAUGGACUUGAUUGCUAAGCUGCCCACCAUCGCUGCCCGCAUCUACCAGAACGUCUUCAAGGGUGGCAAGGUCGCCCCUGUCCAGAAGGACAAGGACUACUCGUUCAACUUCGCCAACCAGCUCGGUUUCGGCAACAACUCCGACUUCGUUGAGCUGCUCCGUCUCUACCUGACCAUCCACACCGACCACGAGGGUGGCAACGUCAGCGCCCACACCACCCACCUUGUCGGCUCUGCCCUCAGCUCGCCCUUCCUUUCGCUUGCUGCUGGCAUGAACGGACUGGCUGGUCCUCUGCACGGUCUGGCUAACCAGGAGGUGCUGAACUGGCUUACCGAGAUGAAGAAGUCCGUUGGCGACGACCUGAGCGACAAGUCCAUCACUGACUACCUUUGGUCGACCCUGAACUCUGGCCGUGUCGUCCCCGGUUACGGCCACGCCGUCCUCCGCAAGACCGACCCCCGCUACACCGCCCAGCGUGUCUUCGCCCAGGAGAAAAUGCCCAACGACCCCAUGUUCAAGCUUGUCAGCCAGGUCUACAAGAUUGCUCCUGGUGUCCUGACUGAGCACGGCAAGACCAAGAACCCCUUCCCCAACGUCGAUGCCCACUCCGGUGUUCUCCUGCAGUACUACGGCCUGACUGAGGCCAACUACUACACUGUCCUCUUCGGUGUUUCGCGUGCCAUUGGUGUCCUGCCCCAGCUCAUCAUUGACCGCGCCGUCGGUGCCCCCAUUGAGAGGCCCAAGUCGUUCUCGACUGAGAAGUGGAUCGAGAUUGCCAAGAAGACUGCGGCCUAAACGGUGACGGCUGUGCGUAGGUGAUGAUAGAAUAUGUAAUCUUUGUCUAUUUUUUAUUAUUCAAAUGACUAAGCUUGAACUUUUUGUUUUGUGGGGAAAAAGAGGCGACAUUGGUGUCAGGCAAAAUACGGAUGAAAGAGUUGUCAUGAUAAGUUGUACCGGUCUGUGUGGAUUGAUUUCUCUAUGGGUUUAAGGUCUGCGCGAUACCAUUACAUCUUUGUACAAAAUGUAUUCAUCUUUCUUCUGCACGUCAAGUUGUCCCAAGUGUUGAAGCAGUACUGUGAUGACUAGGAACUGUUCACGACCUGUCAAGUGGAGUUUGACCAGACUAGCUCUCUGUGAAAUCUGCGACUUGAACAAUUUAUUCAGCUGGCAAUCAUGGUACUCUGUGGGAUUCGAAGCACGAUACACAUGUUCGCAUUAUGCUGGGGCCAUCUAUUCAUUCAGUGCGUGUGCAUGCAUAUAUGUCUUGCUUGCUUGUCG